AUGCCCACGUGGGACCUGCCCACAUUCACGCCCGUGGUCAAGCAGCACUUUGUCUCCAAGCCAAUCGUGAACCACGUGACAUCUCCAGUCACCGCUGUUAGCCACGCCGUGGCGCCACUCGUCCAGUACCACGGUGGCGUCAGCGCCGCCGGAGGCUUCGCCACUGGUGCCGCCCUCGGCACCGCUGCUGCUCUUCGCGCCGGAAACGCCGGAUUCGGCGGCUUCGGUCUCGGAGGUGGUUUGGGAGGCGGUCUCGGUGGAGGUUUUGGAGGCUACGGUCUCGGAGGAGGCUUCGGAGGCUACGGUCUCGGAGGAGGUUACGGAGGCUACGGUCUCGGAGGAGGUUACGGAGGCUACGGCUUGGGUGGCGGCUACGGCCUGAAGGGAGGAUACGGUCUUGGAGGCCUUGGAGGUUUCGGCGGCUACGGCAAGGGAUGGUAG